AGUGGAGCAUCUCGAGCUACUCGGUCAUGCGAUCACGCGCGUCUUUGGUGAAAUCUCGCGAACACCUCACAAGGAUUAAUCUUGAGGAAAACUCACCGAUUUAUCACCCCCGAAACAGUGGAUGUUUGGGCCCGUGUGUGGCACUGCAAGUGAUUUGAUUGAUUUCUCAAUGUGAAGCUGAAAGAAGAGAGAGAGAGUAAAAAAAAAACCCGUGUGUUCUGUCAAGUGUGUGAGGAUUGAUCCUUAGGCCUGAGGAGGAGAGAAUUUAAUACUGCCGGAUUGUGAUGGAUUUUCUACCCUCCAAUUGCGAUUGAUGAGAUUUCUGGUUGUUGGGACGGGGUGACGGGGAUAGUGAAGAACAGGCUGGGAAGAAAAAUGUGCGACAUGGGAAGGAUUUCCUCACUGCAGCGAGGAAAUUUCUGAAAAUUUCCCACGAGAAGGCCCGGAAAAAGGAGCAUAGAAAAAAACAGUGAAAGAGGAGGAUUAAUAAAUCACGCGCCGAGGCAACAUUUUUGUCUUAACCCCAGCACAGUAAAAUGAUUUUCACCACAAGAGCAUCAAUCUCACUAAUCAUUGUGGUUUUGACCACAAUGGACAGUGGAUUAACACAGAUAUCGACGGAAAAAAUACCCCUUGGUGCAAUAUUCGAACAGGGAACAGAUGAAGUGCAGAGUGCUUUCAAAUUUGCUGUCCUCAACCACAAUUUGAACAUUUCAGCCAGGAGAUUUGAGUUGCAGGCUUAUGUGGAUGUUAUAAAUACAGCGGAUGCAUUUAAACUUUCCCGCCUCAUCUGCAACCAAUUCUCGCGGGGCGUCUUCUCGAUGCUGGGCGCCGUGUCACCGGACUCCUUCGACACCCUGCACUCGUACUGCAACACAUUCCAGAUGCCAUUCAUCACACCCUGGUUCCCAGAGAAGGUCCAGAGUCCGUCGUCGGGCUUCCUGGAUUUCGCCGUGAGCAUGCGGCCCAAUUACCACGAAGCCAUCAUCGACACGAUCCGCUUCUACGGAUGGCGGAAAAUCAUCUACGUGUACGACUCGCACGAUGGACUUUUACGACUCCAGCAAAUCUACCAGGGCCUCCAGCCGGGCAAUCAAACAUUUCAAGUGGAAACUGUAAAACGCAUAUCGAACGCCAGCGAAGCGAUAGAAUUCCUGCGAGUGCUGGAGAAUGUUGACCGCUGGUCGAGAAAGUACAUCGUUCUCGAUUGCUCAACUGAUAUGGCUAAGGAGAUUAUCGUGAAUCACGUUAGAGACAUUUCGCUCGGCCGUAGAACUUAUCACUACUUGCUGAGUGGUCUUAUCAUGGAUGAUAGAUGGGAGACCGAAGUGAUAGAAUAUGGUGCCAUCAACAUAACUGGCUUCCGAAUUGUGGACACGACGAGGCGCUAUGUGAGGGACUUUCUCGAUGGCUGGAAGAAGCUCGACCCGGCCACGUCUCAAGGGGCCGGCAAAGAAUCAAUAUCGGCGCAAGCUGCACUCAUGUACGAUGCUGUGUUCGUGCUGGUGGAAGCUUUCAAUAAGCUGCUGCAGAAGAAGCCUGACCAAUUUCGCAGCUACACCACAAGACGAAGUCAACCGUUCAACACCUCCUACGCGGCCGCCAUGGCAUCUGGUGGCUCCGCGGGAGCCGCAAACAACAGGGGAUUGGAUUGCAACACCGCCAAAGGUUGGGUCACCCCGUGGGAGCAUGGCGAUAAAAUUUCCCGAUAUCUCAGAAAGGUGGAAAUUGAGGGAUUAACUGGCCAAAUACGCUUCGCUGCGGACGGUUUGGCGUGCAGGAGGAACUACACGCUGCAUGUGGUGGAGAUGACUGUCAACAGCGCCAUGGUGAAGGUGGCAGAGUGGUCGGACGUCUCCAGGUUCACACCUGUGGCGGCCAAGUACGUCCGCCUGCGACCGCACUCGGACAUCGAGCGCAACAGGACGUACGUCGUGACGAGCAUCAUGGAGGAGCCGUACAUGAUGGAGAGGGCGGCGGAGCCGGGCCAGGUGCUGGAGGGCAACGACCGCUUCGAGGGCUACUGCAAGGAUCUGGCCGAGCUGCUGGCCAAGCGGCUGGGCAUCAACUACGAGCUGCGCAUCGUCAAGGACGGCAACUACGGCGCGGAGAACUCCGAGGCUCCCGGCGGCUGGGACGGCAUGGUUGGCGAGCUGAUAAGACAUGAGGCUGACGUGGCAAUCGCAUCGAUGACGAUCACAGCCGAGCGUGAGAGAGUCAUUGAUUUCAGCAAACCCUUCAUGUCGCUCGGCAUUUCCAUCAUGAUAAAGAAGCCCAUGAAGCAGCAACCUGGAGUCUUCAGCUUCCUCAAUCCGCUAUCCAAGGAGAUUUGGGUUUGCGUGCUGCUCAGCUAUUUCGGCGUGAGCAUUGUGCUCUUUAUUGUGUCCAGAUUCUCUCCCUACGAAUGGCGAUUAUUCAGUUCCACAGGAGAGGAGAGCCACCACCUUGAACAAAUUUCCGGGGGCCAAACGUCGCACACGGUCGUAAAUGAAUUUAGUAUUCUCAAUUCAUUUUGGUUCGCCUUGGGAGCUUUCAUGCAGCAGGGAUGUGACAUAUCUCCACGCUCCAUAUCUGGCCGCAUUGUCGGAUCCGUGUGGUGGUUCUUCGCCCUCAUCUUAAUAUCAUCCUACACCGCUAAUUUGGCCGCUUUCUUGACACUGGAGAGGAUGUCCUCCCCCAUUGACUCACCGGAAGACUUGGCGGCGCAAACUGACGUUCAGUACGGCACACUCUACCACGGCGCCACUUGGGACUUCUUCAGGAGAUCCCAAAUAACGCUGUACACAAAAAUGUGGGAGUACAUGAACUCCCGGAAGCAGGUCUUCGUGCGCUCCUACGACGAGGGUGUGCGACGUGUGAGAACAUCCAAAGGAAAAUACGCCCUUCUAAUUGAAUCACCCAAGAAUGAUUAUAUUAAUGAACGAGAGCCGUGCGACACAAUGAAGGUCGGCCGUAAUCUCGAUGCCAAAGGCUUUGGCGUCGCCACACCACUCGGAUCCCCCUUGAGGGACCCCAUAAACUUGGCCGUGCUGUCGCUGAAGGAGACCGGUGAGCUGACCAAGCUGAUGAACAAAUGGUGGUACGAUCGCACCGAGUGUCGCCACGACAAGUUCGAUACAUCCUACAAUGAGUUAUCGCUGAGCAAUGUCGCUGGCAUCUUCUACAUCCUAAUUGGUGGUCUGUUGCUCGCACUCAUGGUGGCCCUUGUGGAGUUUUGCUUCAAGAGUCGCUCGACAAACAGCCAAAUGGACGCUGUGAAAACAAAGCCCAAAUUAACAAUUCAAAUGACCGGCCGAGAGUUUGAUAAUGGGCGUGUUGGGUACUACACACCGUCCAGCCAGAUGCCGGGCCAUGUCGAACCACCGGACCAGAUGCACGGCAAUCCCCAUGUCCAGGUCUGACGGGAACUUGCGCAGGAGUCCCGCCUAUGACGGCCACCCUGCGCCCCAUCGAUACGCCGGAUAUUGGCCAACAGCCGCCAGGAGACGGAGAAAAUGCUGGGCCACGACACCCUCAAUCGACACCCUGUCGGGUCAUCGUCAUCCCCCUACCUCGAGACCUGAGCCACGGGGACGCAAACUGGCGGGCCGACGGUGGAAGGCACAAUCAACACCCACACUUCUAAAUCAAAUCCACUGAUGGUUCAUGACGUGGCCUCUCCGUAUCACUCGUGAGAGGGCGUCUUUUUUUGCUAAGGAUACACACAAUAAUUUAUUACGAUGAGGGAGUCAUUUUGGCGAAAAUGGACGCUCAGGCCCCGGACAUGCUAUAUGCGAAUACAGGAGUUUGUGUUACGGUUCUUUUUUUUUGUAUAAAUGAGAAUGAUAUAACAUUAUUUUCUAACAUUUGAGAUAUUCAUCAAAGAAAACAUCUUUUUGUCAUACCAAAUCUCCAUUGAGAUCCCUAUAAAGAACGCCCAGUGGAGUUUGCUGAGGAAUUUCAUGCGAUUUAUCCCAUGUUCUCUGUGAAAUUUCCCAUGAAUUAAGCCAAUUAUUAUAUUUUUUAAUCAAUCAAACACACUUUUUAUCAGUCAAUCAUGAGCAUUUUGUAGUAAAUUUAUGUGACUUGCUGUUAGUGUAAUGCUUUCAUUAUAUGUUUUCCCAAAGAAACCCCUCUUAAUGUCAGUGGAAAUUUCUUGGAACGGAUUUCGAAUCAAAAUCAGUUACACGGAAUCUGGGAGAUUAAUUCUUUAUAGGGAUGCCCAUUUAAUAGAUAAAUUAUACAUAUAAUAUAAUGAAAAGAAUAAUCGUAAGAUGAAUGAAAAAGUCUAAAAUCCACCCCCUAAAUUAUUGUCUUACAAAGAGAAAAAAAAACAUUAUACAUUAUAAUCCACAAAAUGAAAAUUCCUAGUAGUUACAUUAAAUGCUGUCAUAGAUAGUUGUUAUAAUCAUAUCCAAAUUGAAAUUUAUUACUGUGGUACUAAGAGUGAAAAUGGAUGAAUCACACUAAUUACCUGUACAUAGUCUUCAUUUUGCCCCCCAAAAAGGAUGGAUAAAAUCGUCAAGUCAUGUUCAAUCGUGAACGCAUAUUAAUUAAUCUACACAAUAAAUAAAUGUAAGAUGAAUCUCUCAGAUGAGAUUACGCUUAAAUUUUGGAGGUGAGUUUGUACAUAUUUUUCGUAAUUGUUAAACUAAACAAACACUUUUCAUACAUUCAGUGCUCUCUUCGUGACGAAAGGGCGCGGGAAAGAGAGGGAAAUGUGAGGUGCUUUUCUUAGAAAAGGGCAUAGAAUGUGUGGGGAGGAGGGUGCAAAUGAUCAUUGCAACCCUGGGCUUCAUGGCCUCGGCAGAAGGCUUUUCGCGUGUGAAAGGCGGAAAAGCACUUCACAACAAUCAAGUCCACAGUUUCGCGCUGACUGAAGUAUGGUUUUUUUUUUGGAGAAGGUAAAUGGAGAGGCGAAGAGAAGGUUGAGGCUGUCUUGGCGGCGGAUGGAAAAAUGCAAUUAUGACGGAAGACACACUCAUUCGCGUAGCAUUUCAUUUUGCGGUAAACACAUCCCCCAGCAUUGCUACAUAUACAUAUCCGCCCCGAAAUCUCUCUGUCUUAUAACAUUUUCGCCAGUGAAACACCCACGAGAGUCAUUAUCGCCAGUGGAAUAAAACACAAUAAUAACCCUCGUAAAAUUAUUCGCAUCAGCAAACAUUAAUAUAUCCCCCUCCUUGUGCGAAGAGUAUUGUUUACACUUGAAAUCUCAUUCUCUAUCCCUUGGAAAAUAUUUAUAUUGCGCGCCAUAAUUGCGGAGUGUGAAAAAAGGAGCCGCGCGACGAGAAAAGUAUUUAUUAGUGAAAUUAACUGAUUUCAUAGAUAAGAGCAAGAGAAAGCGAGAGAGAGAGACAGUGUGUGUAAGGGUGAAGAGUGAAUUUAUAUUGUUUCCACUGAGAUGAGAUGGAAUAUGAAAUAUUUACGACAUUUAAUUGGACUGACUGGUGUACAUAGAAGAUUUAUUAAAAAUAAUUGUAUGUUCUCCCCAAGCCCAUGACAGUGGAGAGAAUAAUUCGGAGACUCACAAGUAAAUAAAAAUGAAUUAUGUUACA